UUCAAACCGGCUGUGCUUCUUGUGGAUAUAAAAGCAGCAGUGUGUGGACGGAUGGGCAGUACUCGCAGCACUGCAGUCAUGGAGAACCUACCGAGACAGGCUAAUGACUGGGCAGGCAAACAUUUCCGCAUAACGUAUGAAAAAUUUGAACAAGGUGGAUCCAUGUUUCCUAACAACCGAUUGAUUAUUCUGGGCCUGGGACUGUUGAAUGCUGUUUUGCUGAUUGCUGCUGUUGUUAUUGGGAUUAACUGUGCCAAAGUCAAAGAGGGUUCCCCUCAGGCUUCCCACUCAGCUGCAACACAACUCAUCAAUGAGUUGAGCUAUCUCCGUAGCAACCACAGUGAUGUGAUGGAGGCUGCGGAGGAGGCCAAGAGGGCGUUAGAGAGUGCCCUCAAUAAGCACGCACAACUAAAGGUCCAAAUAGAGCAGCAGAAGAACCGCAGUGACGGUUAUCAGAGACAGCUUGUGGCACUGCAAGCGGAAAAGACAAAACUGCAGUCCAAUGUAUCAGCUUUGGAGGGAACCUGUGGCAGAUGCCUCCCUAGGUGGACUCUUCUCAACUCCUCCUGCUAUUUCUUUUCAUACUUUGAAGCCAAUACGGUCCAGAAGAACUGGCUGGAUAGCAGAGCAGACUGUAUUAGUCGUGGAGCCGACCUGGUUGUGAUUGAUAACCCGGGGGAGCAGGAAUUUGUGAGUAACAUCGUUAGAAACUUUAUGGGUGACGGUCAUCAAUGGACAAAGGGAUCCUGGAUCGGGAUCACUGACACACUGACAGAGGGGACAUGGGUCUGGAUUAAUAAUGUCACUGAAGUGGAACAAAGGUACUGGAUGGAUGGGGAACCAAACAACAGUGGAGGCAAUGGAGAGGAUUGUGGGAUUGUGAUUUAUAGUUCAUCUAAUCCCUGGAAGACCUGGUUUGAUGGACAAUGUCAAAAACAUAAGCUACACUGGAUAUGUGAAAUGCCAUCAAAAUAAACUCUCUAUACACUCCUGAAGUUCUGAUCAAUUAGAUAACAAAAGAAUAUGAUUGGAACUGUCUUAAAUGCAAUUGCUAUAAGAUGUGUGUUAUGUUUCUUGGCAUUUUACAUCCCAAUAAAGUUACUUUUACCAUAAAUCGCUACUGUAUAUAAGAAGGAGAGCAAAAUAUUCGGAUACUAAAGUACAAAAGCAGGGCAACAUACUGUAUACUCAACAACAGUUUCUGUAAAUUCAGUGAAUAAAUUGUUUAUAUAAAAUGA